AUGGCUCGAGCGCUACGGGUUGUUCGGAACGCCAUGUUCCAAAAGGCUCGAGGCGACCGUGGGGAUGCUUCCAACGUUGUUCUGUUGUUCACGGAUACCAGGUCCAUGAAAGACCGACGGAUGACAGCUGCGGCAGCUCGGAGAUUACGGAAAUCCGGAGCAGCCGUGUAUGGCGUCGGACUCGGCCUACAGGACACGCGGGAAUUAGAAAGGGUGUCUUCUAAACCAACUAAAAGGUACAGCUACUGGGUGCCGAGUUAUUCUUCGCUGGACGAAAUUGGGCAACGGCUUUCAGUAGCUAUGUGCCUGGAAACAAAGAAAGAGGAGAAAGAUGCGGACCUGAUAACCAAAAAGUUUCCUUUCCUCCACAAAGCCGGUGUUUGCGCAACGAACAAAAUUGACAUCAUUUUCAUGGUGGACGCUUCGACGUCCAUGACGAAAGAGAAUUUCCAGAAAGUGAAAGUCUUUCUUCAGGAUCUGAUCCAGUUUGCUGGCGUCGACAACGGCGAGGUUCGAAUCGGGAUGCUGACGUACAGUACGAGCUCCUACAUUCACUUCCACUUGGACACGUACUUCAACAAGCGCCGGCUUCUGGAAGUCGUGGGCAAAAUGCCUUACUAUGAUGGCGCUUCCAACAUCGCCGACGCUUUCCGGAUAAUGCGCAUGCGCAUGUUUACCCCGGACAACGGAGACCGUACAGAUGCUGCCAAUAUCGGUAUUUUGCUGACGGACGGCCCCGCUGACUACGAAAUGGAAAACACGAUCCCAGAGGCCACGAAGGCUCGACAAGCCGGGAUUACGGUGUACACGAUUACCAUCGGCGAGAUAGACACGGACGACCUUGACCUGGAGAGCAUCGUGAGCAGGCCGUCUGCGGAUUACAUAUACUCUGUGGACGAUUAUGAUGACUUAGAAGGGAUCGAGUACACCUUAGGAGAUUCCCUGUGUUUAUAUACCGGUGAUAUAGACUUAACGGCAGACUACGAUCCAACCGUUGACGAGAACGAUUACCAAGAAGACGUCGCAUUCCCCUCCACUCCUGUUGACCUUGUCUUUGUACUCGACACGUCUUCAUCUGUCACCGAGGCAAAUUUCAAAAUGAUGAAGGCGUUUGUUCAAGAACUAAUUCAGCCCGCGGAUAUAGAUGGCGGUGCUGCGCGCAUCGGUCUUCUCACUUUCAGCUUUGGCUCAUCCGUACAUUUCCACAUGAUCCGCCAUUUUUCCAAGGCUGAUGUCAUUGAGGCAAUAUCAAACAUUCCAUACCGUGUCGGGAGUGGACGUAAUGUGGCCAGAGCGCUGGAGAUCGUCCGCAAAUCUAUGUUUUCCAUCGCCAACGGCGAGCGUUCUUACGUUCCCAACGUCGUGGUGUUUAUUACGGACGGGCUGUCCACAAUUAAUUCAGAAACAACCAUUCCAGAGGCCGUACUGGCCAAAAACGAUGGUAUCACGAUAUACUCCAUUGGUGUAGGUUUGGACAAGACGGAGGAAAUAGACGCCAUUGCCAGCACACCUUUGUCAAGAUACAGAUAUAACGUCCAGUAUUUUACAUCCCUGUUUUCUCUAACUAAGCUUCUAGUGGAUUCUAUUUAUCUGGAUAAGGUGUUCAUUUCAACGACGCCCCAGCCAACCACAGUGCAGACCUCCUCCGGUGAUAUCUGGUUACCUGUGCCUACGUCUCCACUUGUGCAUGAAUUUCCUGACCGUGACAUUGUCUUUCUCCUUGAUGCUUCCCCAACUCUGAGACGAGAAGGAUUCGACAAAAUCUUGACAUUCUUUACUGAUCUACUAGAACACGCUGGUAUCGGGAUUGACGCUGGCGCCGUCCGCAUUGGUGUUAUGAGUUACAGUACCAAGCCCCACAUUCACGUCUACAUGGACAUGUGUGAUUGUUUCAGCAAGCUUCAACGAGCCAUCGAAAGAGUGACCUAUAUCCACGGCCGCUCCAAUCCGGCGGACGCCCUGAAAGUCAUGCGCUCUGUCAUGUUCUCAAAGAAACAUGGCGACCGUGCUAACGUCACCAAUAUGGCGGUAUACGUCACGGACCGUCAGUCUAAUCUGUACACUGACAGAAUAAUCCCAGAAGCUCUCCGGACGCAAGGCAAGAAUAUCGGAGUGUUUACUGUUGGAAUUGGACUUGAGGACACGGAUGAAAUAGAGAGUAUUAGCAGUAACCCUGACAAACUUUACAGCUUUUUCGUGGAUUCCGUCGAUAACCUUGAUUCCAUCAGGAAUGAGUUGUUUUACCGCUUGUUCUCUGUCAUGCCACCCACGGAUCCACCCACCGAACCACCCACGACUCCAUCUACACCUGAAAUCCGGACGCUUCCGCCUACGCCUGAAGUUCGGACCUUACGAACAACAACGGAUGUGCAAACUUUACCACCGCUUCCAGAGGAAACCAUGACACUUGCAUCAGACAAACCUUCAACGACAACAACAACAACGCAGCCUACAACUACAACUCCGGAGCCCACGACCACGGCAGCCCCUACAACAACAACAACUGAGGCACCGACAACAACAACAACAACGACUGAGCCCCCCACCACCACAACUACGACCACCACGACAACGACUACUAUCCCCACUACAACAACAACGGAAUCCACGACGACAACAACGACUUUACCACCAACUACAACGGAGGAGCCUGUGCAACUACGAUCGACGGAGAGAGACAUUGUCUUUCUGGUGGAUUCUUCUGACAGAGUGAGCGAGCCGGAGUUCACAAAAAUCUUGAAGUUUAUUCAGAAGUUCAUCCGCCCCGCAGAUAUCGAUGGAGGACGAGUUAGAAUAGGAAUGUUGAGCUUCAGUACCAAAGCAAACAUUGACUUCGGGUUAUCGCAUUACGGAAGCAAGGAGCAAAUAAAAGAUGCAAUUUCCAGUGUUGCCUAUACGCCGGGAAAGUCUCACAUUGCCGGGGCGUUGCGUGUUGCCAGAACAUUGCUUUUCCUGGAAGCUAAUGGGGACCGUCCGGAUGUUCCAAAUGUGGCAAUUCUGUUGACAAAGGGUAAUUCGAAUAUUCAUCGACGUUGGGUGGUACCAUCGGCGAUCACAACGCGAAAAGAAGGCAUUGCCAUAUUUGGUGUGGCAAUUGGUAUGGAUGAUACAUCGGAACUGGAUCUGAUUGUGAAUCAACCUCCAAGUGAAUACCGUCUAGCUGUUGAUAGUGUGGACAACCUGGAAGACAUACGAGAUAUUCUGGAAACAUUGGUGUUUGAAGAUUUCUCCGAUAUUGCAUUCCCCACUGAAGAAAUUGAUUCUGGAGACUUUGCUAUUGAAGAGAGGUUGUCAAAGUUUACUGAUCGUCCCACGGGUCCACCUUUGGAGAGAUACGAUCCACAUUGCGGGGGAUCGGAUGAACUUGACUUAGUUUUCCUUGUCGACUCGUCCGCCAAUGUGAACGAGGCGCAGUUCGGCUCAAUGCUACAAUUCGUCAUCGAUUUGCUACCUGAGGAAGACAUCGACAGCGGCAAGGUACGCGUUGGUCUCAUGUCCUUCAGCACCAGCGCAGCAGUGGAGUUCCACUUGUUCAGGUUCAGCACAUACAGCCAGAUGGUCCGCGCCAUUCGGGCCAUUCCGUACAUCACUGGUGACCUGAACAUAGCAAACGCCCUCUGGAAGAUGCGAACCACCAUGUUUGUGGAGGACAGUGGUGAUCGUCCGGAUGUCCCUGACAUCGCUGUUCUGAUCACAGCCGGUGCCUCCGUCGCGGAUACCUGGCGAAAUGUUCCUGAAGCGGAUCUUGUGAAGCAACAAGGGAUAACUGUGUACACGGUGGGGAUAGGAGAAUCCGGAUCCCAGGAUCUUAACGACAUUGCCAGCACGCCUCUAGAGUACUACUCCUACAAAGUGGAUGGGUUUCCGUAUCUGACGGAUGUGAAGAACCAACUGUUUUGGUCGGUUAACUGUGUCACAAAAAGUCCACCUACAACGCUACCACUAACCACAACUCCGGGUAAGAUCGGCUUGUGUUAUUUGUCCAAACUAUAUUAUUUCACUGUACAAAAAAUUAUUUAUUUAUAA